AUGUUGGAGAAGUACAUGAUCAUUGCCAAGAAUGGCCACGUCGUGGUGGAGAAGUACAUCGCGGAGCAGUUCGGGAGCUGGGCGUCGUUCCGGCCGCAGUACAUGAUCGGCUCCAGCAACAACAAGGACUGCGAGGAGUGGUUCUUCGACAGUAAUAAUAACAAUCAGCAACCCGUCACUCCAUUCAAUCCAGUUGUUUUCUCUUCUCUUCCGGCCGCAGUACAUGAUCGGCUCCAGCAACAACAAGGACUGCGAGGAGUGGUUCUUCGACAGGAUCGUACGGAACCGGCCGGUGCCGAUCCCGGGGAACGGGAUGCGCAGCUGACGAACAUCGCGCACGUCCGAGACCUGUCGCGCAUGCUGUCUCUGUCCGUGGAGAAGCCCGGCGCGGCGUUGGGCAAGAUCUUCAACUGCGUUUCCGACCGCGCCGUGACGCUGAGUGGCAUGAAUAAGCUGUGCGCGGCGGGCGCGGGCGUGGAGAUCGUCCUCAACGACCCCGCCGCCGCCGGCGUCGACGACAAGAAGGCCUUCCCGUUCGGCCGUUCCGCAACAUGUACUAGUAACUACUGA